AUGAAGUUCAACCCCAUGGCUGCGGCCGCUACAGCGGCCAUGCUUUCUGGCGUUGCCCUAGCCGAAGAGGCUGACGCCUCCGUCGACAUUGAGCUACCUAAGUUCACCCCCACAUCCGUCAAGGCCGAUUUUCUCGAGCAGUUCACCGACGAUUGGGAAUCGCGCUGGAAGGUGUCCAGCGCCAAGAAGGACACCGCUGGCGACGAGGAAGAAUGGGCGUACGUAGGCGAAUGGGCGGUCGAGGAACCCGUCAAGUACAAGGGCAUCGAUGGCGAUAAAGGUCUUGUCGUCAAGAACCCCGCUGCUCACCACGCCAUCUCGGCCAAAUUCCCCAAGGCCAUCGACAACAAGGACAAGACGCUUGUCGUCCAGUACGAGGUCAAGCUUCAGAAUGGACUCGAGUGUGGCGGUGCAUACAUGAAGCUCCUGCGCGACAACAAGGCGCUCCACCAGGAGGAGUUUGCCAACACGACGCCGUACGUGAUUAUGUUUGGUCCCGAUAAGUGUGGUCACACCAACAAGGUGCACUUCAUCUUCAACCACAAGAACCCCAAGACGGGCGAGUACGAGGAGAAGCACCUCAAGUCGCCGCCCACGGCCAAGAUUGUCAAGAGCACCGAGCUCUACACCCUCAUUGUCAACCCCGACAACACCUACGCUAUCCGCCAGAAUGGCAACGAGGUCAAGACUGGUUCUCUCCUAGAGGACUUCCAGCCCGCCGUCAACCCGCCCGAGGAGAUUGACGACCCCAACGAUACCAAGCCCGAGGACUGGGUUGACCAGGCCCGCAUCCCCGACCCCGAGGCCACCAAGCCUGAGGACUGGGACGAGGACGCUCCCUUUGAGAUCCCCGAUGAGGCGGCCGAGCAGCCCGCCGACUGGCUGGUCGAUGAGCCUCGCGUCGUCCCUGAUCCGGAUGCCGUGAAGCCCGCGGACUGGGACGACGAUGAGGACGGCGACUGGAUUCCCCCCACCGUGCCCAACCCCAAGUGCGCCGAGGCCUCCGGCUGCGGCCCUUGGGAGAGGCCGAUGGUGAAGAACCCCGCGUACAAGGGCAAGUGGACGGCGCCCUAUGUCGACAACCCCGCGUACAAGGGUGUCUGGGCGCCUCGCAAGAUCAAGAACCCCGACUACUUCAACGACAAGACGCCCGCCAACUUUGAGCCCAUGGGCGCCAUUGGCUUUGAGAUCUGGACCAUGCAGAGCGAUAUCCUUUUUGACAACAUCUACAUUGGUCACUCGAUUGAGGAGGCCGAGAAGUUCGCCGACGAGACCUUCCACGUCAAGCAUCCCGUUGAGAAGAGCCUCCUUGACGCCGAGAAGCCCAAGAAAGAGGACAAGCCCAAGUCGCCUCUCGACCUCAACUUCCUCGACGACCCUGUCCUCUACGUUCAGGAGAAGCUCGACCUUUUCAUGACCAUUGCCCAGAAGGACCCCAUUGAGGCCGUCAAGUUUGUCCCCGAAGUCGCCGCUGGUCUUGGCGCGGUCGUUGUGACCCUCCUCGGCCUCGUUGCCGUCAUUGUGAGCGCCAUGACUGCCUCUCCUGCCGCCCAACAGACGGCCGCCAAGGCCAAGGAGCAGGCGAAGGAUGUCAAGAACAAAACGGCCGAGGCUACCGCCACCGGCGCUGAGAAGGUCAAGGGCGAGGUCAACAAGCGCACCACCCGCAGCCAGUCAUAG